CGCGUUGCACAGUGCCCAGAUGAAGAUGGAGGUGGUAGGAGCAGUGCGGAUUUGACGGCAACGCGCGCAAGGGAACUCGGACCUGCGCCAUGAAGCCAUCGUCGUCCACGGCAGCAUCAUCGUCGCCGUCGUUGACCAAGUCGAAUAUGAAGGAGUACUUUAUUCAGAAGCUGUUCGGAUCGGCACUCAACACGUCCCCGAACGCAAAUGCCCCACGCAGCAUCUUCGCGCGCAACCUGCAUGCGUACGCGCGUGGGUCGGACCUCGACGACGACCCGCAUGAGUGGGAAUUUUACCCCGACUACCAUCCACAGGACCCGCUGCCCGAAGGUAUUGUGAUGGAUUCGCCUGUCUGCGCCACGCCACUCUUCCAUUCCCCCACGCCACCAUCGCCACCCCAUCGGAUACAGCGAUCGAUCUCCUUUGACAGAGAGAAAUCGACGACUGCGUUUUGGGACUUGUCCAAAGUGCAGCAAUCCCUCAAGCGACGGUUGAGCUGGAUCCGGUCGACAGUGCCCAAGUUCGACGUCGGAAAGACUAGCGUACAACUUAUGACCAAAUCCAGCUCGAUCGAUGGCGCCAGUACCCCGACGUCCAUGCGAGAGACCAUUACCACUAGCAACGAUUCGUUCCUGGAGUCCAUCGCAGAAGAGAUUGAUUUCCUGGACCUUCCUGACGACGCCCACGUCUCGUUCUGCGAUGACGCAUUUUGCGUCUACGAGUUUGAACCGAUGGAAACGAUGGACGAGCUCGUGAUCCGCGUAUCGGAGGGGUUUGCAGCCCAUGACAGACGACCGGCACAUACCAAGCUCAUGGGAUUCUGCACGAAGGCGCUGACGUACUUGAAUUACCGCGGCAGCCCGUGUGCAGAAGUGUUUGUCUUGAGCGCAAACGACAUUUCGAUGUGGCGGCGGCUCGGUCAUUUCGACUGGAACGCGUGCGACAACCAAGAGGAUCCUGCUGUGGAAGAGACCGACGGUUGCCGCAAGGAGCGUGAAUCGUGCAACUCGCGCUUGUCGAACGAAUCGACCGCGUCGGAAGAAAGCGAUGUCGCCGACAACCAAGCCACCAACGACUCGUCCAAACCGUCUAGCGGACAAGUACCGGUCGCGCGAGGGAACCUCCAACCGUUGGUCGACGUCAUGAACAGCGUGUUGAGCAAAGGAGAUGUGUGCUUCACGUUGAGCGACAUUGACCAUCUAUGCAAAGAAGUCGAGUACCCCGAGACGGACUCUGACGUCCAAGAGGACGACGGCUGGUGUUAGAUUAUAGUACAAACCGACAAACCUAAUUUAUAACGAAAUCAAGUAUCAUAUCCAA